AUGUACCUCUAUGCACACUACACCGGACCGGACCGGCGCUUCGGAGCCCGUCUGCGUCCCGAAGCCCGCACUCCGGAGAGUCCGCAAGGCUCGUUACGGACAAAUUAUCAGGUUUCGGACGCCUUCAAACACCCGGUGCGGAAUAAUGACCGGGAUCGGGCCCAAAAGCGACCCUUGCUCGACUCCGAUCACAUCCAUAAACAAUUGGUUGAACAAGCCCAUUUGCCAUACACACAAGAAACCCGUUGA